UCCAGGGUAUUUAGGAUCUGGAUAUGAAGGAAGACAUGUGCCUUAGAUUUCCGCCAGCUCAUCUCCUUAACCCAGUGUAGACACAGCCACUGCAAGAGUGGUCCCAUUGUGUUGGGGACUGGUCAGCUCCUGCUCACCUGGCCCAGCCACCCAUCGGCAGCUAUUACUAAUCCACCCUCCCCGAGACAUCUCUAUCCCCACUGUCCCCCACCUUCUGUCGCCUCCUGUGGCUGUGGCUGCUGGAUAGACUGUUGAAUUGGGACUCGGGAGAAGAGAAAGCCAUUUCAUGUAAAAGUUGAGGUUAUUUCAAUUAGUUUUUCUAGAAUGUUAACAGCUAGGCACAAGCAAGAGUAGUCAGUCCUCCACUGAACUCUCCACUUUGGAAUCACCUCUCAGAGUCACUGGAUGGUCAAAGGGAACUGCCCAGGGGCCACACUGCUGUCCUAAAACAUGACCACAUUUCACUUUAUUUUACAUUCACCCCUUGACAUUUUUUUCUGUAACCAGUGGCAAGAAAAGAAUGAGGAGAUAUGGAAGAAGGGACAAGAGGCCUGUUUGCUGAGUGGCUGCUGGUGGCCCACCCUUUACCAGGAUUAUCCACCAGUGCUGGAGGCAGGGCUACCACUCUCAGUUUGCAGAGAUAAGAGGCCCGGCUGAGGACAAGUCCAGUGGUCACAGUAAGUGGCCAACUUCAGGCUUGUUGGGGCACAGCAGGGCUUGAGCAGGUUGCAUGAACGAUUCGCUUCCUGAGGCCAUUAUUUUAGAUAUGUCUUCUUCGCCGAAGCGGAGCCUUGUUUUUCUGGGAAUUUGCAGCCUGUCUCCAGGACCGGUCUUGCAUCUGGCACAGCAGUCCCCAGCCUUUUUGACACCAGGGACUGGUUUUGUGGAAGACAGUUUUUCCAUGGACAGGGCUUGGGGGUGGGGAUGGUUUGGGGAUGAAGCUGUUCCACCUCAGAUCAUCAGGCAUUAGAUUCUCAUAAGGAGCACGCACCUUAGAUCCCUCAUGUGCACAGUUCACAACAGGGUUCCUGCUCCUAUGAGAAUCUAAUGCUGCUGCUGAUCUAACAGGAGGCGGAGCUCAGGCAGUAAUGUUCUCUCGUCCACUGCUCACCUCCUGCUGUGGGGCCCAGUUCCUAACUGGUCAUGGACUGGUGCCGGUCCACAGCCUGGGGAUGGGAGACCCCCUGAUCUAGCAGAUUGAGGCCAGAUUGAGGCAAAAGCAGGUGAAUUUAUGGAAGAGGAUCCAUGCUGGCUGCCUGUAGGAGAGGCAGUGCCUGGAUGGGUCUUUAGCUGCCCCAGACCCCGUGAGCAGGUCUGACCUAGGGACACCCCUGGCACUUUGGGAGCCCAGGGGAGGGGAGGGAAUGAGAAGGUGGGCAAAGGAGGAGAUGACCUCCAUACUGAGCUUUGCGAGCAUUCAUCUGGCCUCACAACACCGCAGAGGUGUCUCUCCCACUGUACCUGAAAACACCAAUGUAAUCUGGAGAUACCAAAAAGUGUCGUGAACAUGCAAGUUUAUCCUAAUUCUCACAGUUAUUCUGGUCCUUAAUGAAUCAAAUGAGGAACUGGUUUGUGACUCAGGAAACUGAAGUCACAGAGUUCUUAUGAUCUGAGAAAAAUGGGUCACUAUGUUUGGUGCUUCACAGGACACGGGGCCUGCAGGCGAGGAGCCAGGCCUCAAGGGUUCAGUGAGUUGUCCAAGCCAGCGUGACUAAGGGUUCCACUGGGACCUCUUAGAUUAACUUCCAAUAAGGAAAGUCACUUCUUGCUCAUACACUUUUCAUAAUUCUCCCUGGCUGGUAAACUCAGGUGGCAUCGAGGCCUUGGCGUCUACCCCUUGGUGACACCCCCAUCAGGAUAGUGCCUUGGCUGUGUCUCCCUGGCACCCUUUACCAGAGCAGCUGGGCCUUGGGUUGCAGGGAUGGAAGCCUUUAUCUCGGGCGAUACCUGAACGUGGAGUAUGUGAUGCUUGCUGAGCUAGAGGCUCAUGGGUUGAUGUCCCUCUGCUGGUUCUAGUGAGUAUGUGCCCCUAAAAUUUGAGGGGACGGUGGAGCCUGCUUCCAGGCUUUAAGAGCCCAAGUCUGUUGCAAAUUGAAUUGUAUCCGCAAAAAGAAACAUUGAAGUCCUAGCCUCUGGUAGCUGUGACUUUAUUUGGAAAUAGGAAAUAGGGUCUUUGUAGAUUUUUUAAAGACGUAAAUUGGGCCAGGCGCGGUGGCUCACGCCUGUAAUCCCAGCACUUUGGGAGGCUGAGGUGGGUGGAUCACAAAGUCAGGAGUUCAAGACCAGCCUGGCCAACACAGUGAAACCCUGUCUCUACUAGAAAUAUAAUAAUAAAAAAAUUAGCCAGGCAUGAUGGCAGUGACUGUAUUUCCCAGCUACUCAGGAGGCUGAGUGAGGCAGGAGAAUCACUUAAACCCGGGAGGUGGAGAUUGCAGUGAGACAAGAUUGCGUCACUGCACUCCAGCUCAGGCAACAGAGCAAGACUUUGUCUCAAAAAAAAAAGAUGUAAGUUAAGGUGAGGUCAUACUAGAGUAGCAUGGCCCCUUCGUCCAAUAUGACUGGUGUCCUUUUAAGGAGAGGGGAGCCGGCGGCACAGAGGAGAGACUGCCACAUGAAGACAUGGGGCCGAUGGCCCUGUGAAGAUGGAGGCUGAGUUUGGAGCUGAGCAUGGACCAGCUGAGAAGAGCCAAAGGUUGCCCGAAACCACCAGAAGCUGGGAGAGAGUGGGCACUGCAGACACUGCUGGCCUCUGGAACUGUGAGAGAAAUGUUGGUUGUUUUAAGCUACUGAGUUUGUGAAAAUUCAUUACAGCAGCCACAGAAAACUACAAGGCCCCUCUCCCUGCCUGGGCUUUGUUUGCUGGUCUGGAGGGUAAGGGUGCCGGCCACACCAUCCAGACACUUCCGGCCUUGCUCGUGGGGCCUCCUCAGGAAUUUGCCUGGACUACCCCCGGUCUCAGCCACCACUGAGGGCAAGUGGGAGCCACCGCUGGGCUUGUGUUUCCCUGCUGGGAAUCCUAAGGAAGAGGGGGAAGCAUUCUUUUUCAGAAGCCCCAGAAAAUGUCUCCUCAAGACUCAAUGGCUCUAUUUGAUUCCUCACCCAUCCAUUAACUUGCUGCUCUUCUGGUGGGUGUGGAUGUGCAGUUGGGUUUCAGUCUAUAAGACCUGGCCUGGAGCUGGGGAUGGGGUCGGUCCCACUCAAACCACAGAUCUGGGAAUGGUGGUUCCCCUGGAGCAAAAUCUGGGUGCUGUCAACAGCAGGAGGGGGCAUCCGUGGUGGCAAGCAAACCCAGAGCUGUCUACUUAAUGGGCCAAAGGAGGGAAGUAAGAUCGGCUUUGGUGCCACCACCCAGGCGGCCACCGUGGCAUGGGGGCCUGUGCUUCCAGACCUGGGCGGUGCGUGGAAUGGUGAUGGUGAUUAUGUGGAAGUGCCGAGGGGAUGAUGGCGUUCCCUGAGUGAUCGCUGUACCCCAAGCUCGGUGCUCAGCAGUGCUCCACACACAUUGAGCCAUUGAAUCCUCAGCAUCCCAGAAAGAAUUCAGUUAUUGGACAGAGAUUUAUGGAGCCCCUAUUCUGUGCUUGUCAUUGUCAUGGGUAGGAGAUGGAGACGACUCCCCAUCAUGGGCUGUGUUCUCGCAGGCUUUACCCAUGUUACAGGUGUGAACAUUGAGGCCCAGAGAAAUGAGGCCGCAGAGCUGGAAAGUUGCAGAUCUGAGAUCCAACCCCAGGGCCUUUUACUCCAAAAUGUGUGCUGAAUGGGUGUCUAUACAUGCUGGUGAGUUUUCUUUUUAAACAGCUGAUCACCCUCAGAUGUCCACUGCCGGCCUGUUUGGCUGCCCUUCUCCAGGCCAGCAGCCAAGACACAGUGCCACCUGCAGGGGCGACCAACUGGGAGCCUCGAAACAGGUGGAGCUGGCGAAGCAGGGCCCUGAGCUGUGUGCGUGGGGCCUGGCUGCAAAUGGCCCAGUGAAGGCUCUGUGCAUUUCCGUUUUUGAAGCUUGAGCCCUUUCUUCUCCAUGAGGCUGACCCACCAGGCUGGCUUGGUUGCACACUAGCUGUACGGUCCUGGCUCAGUUACUUUACCUCUCUGGGCCUCGGUUUACUCAUCUACAACAGGGGUCGGCAAACUACCACCCUCAGCCCGAAUCCAGUCUGCUGCCUAUUUUUGUAAAUAAAGCUUUAUUGGCACACAGCCAUGCUCACUCAUUCACAGAGCAGCUGCAGCUGCUUUUGCACGGGGCAAGAGACCUUGUGUCCCGCAAAGCCUGAAACCUCUCUCUGUGGCCCUUUCCGGAAAACCUGACAAUCCCUUACCUAGCAGAUGGGAUGACUGUGUGUGGGAGAGUGUAGGCUCUGGGAGGGCAGGGCUGUGUCUGUGGCUGUCACCAGAGUGUCCCCUCCCUGUCACCAACCCAUGGGGUCGUUGCAAGACUCGGAGAGAAACUGUGUUUGGUGUUGAGCACAAGGCAUAUAGUGCGUGCUCAGUAACCUCCAGCUGCGGUUCCUCCCGUGAUUAAACAAAGGCGAGGAGGACUGCCCCGACGGUCUCAGAGGGCCCGGGGUCUGGAAUAGGAGCUGAUCCUCGGGUUAGACCACUCAGCUCUUAAAGUGGCUGCGGGUUGCGAGGCUUGUCUCAGCUGCCGCUAGGUGCAAAUUAAAAGGAUUAAUGGACACCGCCGUCUUUGAAAGGCUCAAGGCCCACCGAAGCCCCUUCAGCAGAGGGCUCUGCAUUCUCUCUUCCCCAGUCCUCCUUGUGUGCCCUCGUGAGUGGCGGUGACAAUGCUCCCGGAUGUGGGCCCCAAGGCCAGCGGCCCCGGAGCUGCCCGCCCACCCGUCCGCCGGCUAUUGUCUGCUCCGGCCUGGCGGUGUGGCGCUGGGCUUGUGGGGCCCUGGCGGGCAGGGGACUGUGGGAACGGAUUAGAGGUCCUGGGCUUGCUUUCCUCGUCUUGCAUAAACUCUUGAUCAAAGACAUUCCUGGGAUGACAGAGCCCUGUGAGCUGCAAGGCUGGCCCAGUGUGCGGGACGCACACCCCACUCUGCAGCCCCUGCACAGGCCUGCCCUUGCUGGCCCUCGCUGGCCCUGGCUGCAGCGCUGACUUUGGGGACUAGCCUUAUGGUGGGACUGGUGAUGGAGCGGGUGCCAGGAGGCAACACAGCCUUCCCCACCAGAUUCAGAGGCCAGGCCCCCAAUGCUGGGCAGAGCGAGGUUGUGACUCUGCUUCCUGGGGUGCUUCAAGGAGGGUCAUGCUGCAUGCAGGGUAGCCGGAGGGAUUGCCGGAUGCAUGCCACUGCCACUGGGCCUGGCUUCUCUGGACUCCCACGGGCACUGCCCCACCCUUUGCACAGCCCUACCCACUGCUAUCCCACAAGUGCGGUCCGAAGUCCACGUGCCUGCUCUGCCCAGCCUCCUUCCUCUGUCCCCUCAGGGCCUUUCACUCCUCGUGACAACUCUAGGUACUGUCUGGACUCCUGGGGAACCCCCGACCCUUCCAGCCAUGGAGUCAGCUCCCGGCAUGCGGGUCAGGCUGGACCCAUGGCUCUGCAACUCAGCCCAGCAGCUUGGGGCUGCCCUGUAGGAGCCGACACAACCUCCCUUCCAUUCGGCCCCCUUCCUAGGACCCACUGUGUGCCAGGGUGGGGAGACGGAGGCAGAGAGGAAUCUGGGAGAUUUCCGUCCUGGAGGGGCUCAGCCAGAGCAGGAAGGUGCCCAGGCAUGACAAUCCCAGACUCCCAGAACCGCCUGCCUGGUGUGGGGUGGGGAAGCCUUCAGAGAGCCCGUCCUCACAGUGAGAGCAGAGAUGAAGGUUCCUGUGGACCGAGGCAGUGGGCCAAGCACAGAACAGGAAGCUUGAUGCAGUCUGGUGUGUCAGGAGCUCCUGGCAGACAUUGAGCUUAUUGGGGUCAAGGCUGGGGAGAGAUGGGGCUGAGUCCCAGGGACCUUGGACGGAGCUGAAGGGAGAUAGGAAGGCCGGGGGUUGGAGGCAGAGGAUGAAGAAUGGAUGAGGACUGUCUGGCUGCAGGGAGAUGGGCCAGGAGGCAGGGCAGGGCCCCUCAUGAGCGGGUAGGGGUGGCGGGGCGCGUGAGAACAGGCUUCUGCGAAGGGGCUGCAGGGAGAGCUGACUGCGGAAGGCUUUGUCUCUGAAGUUCCUCAAAGGUCAGUUUUUACUGUCACCCUCUGGGCAGCACAGAUACUCCAACAAGGGACGAGGUCUUCACUGAAUCCCAGGAGGGGUUGCAGGCACAGAGGUGAUGUCAGUGGAGUUUGAGAGUUGGGAACAAGGGCCUAGAGUGGCCAGACGAUGCCUUUGAUAUGGUUUGGCUGUGUCCCCACCCAAAUCUCAUCUUGAAUUGUAGCUCCCAUAAUUCCCACAUGUUGUGGGAGGGACCCGGUGGGAGGUGAUUGAAUCAUGGGGCGGCUUCCCCCAUACUGUUCCCAUGGUAUGAACAAGUCUCAGGAGAUCUGAUGGUUUUAUAGGGGUUUCCCCUUUCACUUGGCUUUCAUUCUCUCUUGCCUGCUGCCAUGGAAGAUGGGCCUUUCGCCUUCUGCCGUGAUUGUGAGGCCUCUCCAGCUACGUAGAACUGUGAGUCUAUCAAAUCUCUUUUUCUUUAUAAAUUACCCAGUCUCAGGUAUGUCUUAGUUAGCAGUGUGAAAACGGACUAAUACAGCCUUGGAGCUCGUGGCAUAACCACCAUGUAUAGACCCACCCAUCACUGGGGGAUGUACAGACCCCCCCAUCGUGGCACAGCCAGGGGU